AUGGCAAAUGGGUAUAAACUGGCCCCGAACAAAUUUAUGCUGGAAAUGGGAAGAUUUUUCAAUGCUUCAAAAAUCAAGUUCUGGGUCAGCCUUCUGAAACAAGCGGUAGGGACCACCAACCAAAGCAGUUUUCGGCUUUCCAAGUAUGCCUCAAAGCUGGAGGCAGCAAGUUUGCAGAUGACCAUAUAUGCAGAGCCAUUGCUUGUAUUGCAGCAUGGGACUGUUCUUGCAUUAGGCCCAAGUUUCCAGCUUGUGCAGAUGAUCAUGUGGAAUGUUGCUUCUCUCGGCCACGCAGUAGAUGCAGAUGCUGAGUCAGUAUUUGAAAGCAAAGCAGCCUUAAUAAGUUUACCAAAAAUGCAAGUCAUUCGCAACUACGACGGGAUCCCGCAGCCAGCGUCACAGGACGGCCCGCCUUUGCACAUCCAGGUUGGGGACACUAUUGAACUCAUCCAAGGAGAUGCACAUAGCUUAUUUUGGCAGGGCAGAAAUCUAACGACAGGAGAGCUUGGCUUCUUCCCAAGUGAUGCUGUAAAACCUAGCCCAUGUGUGCCUAAACCAGUAGACUACUCUUCCCAGCUCUGGUUUGCAGGAGCAAUGGAAAGAUUGCAGGCAGAAAGUGAACUUAUUAACCGAAUAAAUAGCACUUACCUGGUGCGGCACAGGACCAAAGAGUCAGGAGAAUAUGCCAUUAGCAUUAAGUACAAUAAUGAAGUGAAACACAUCAAGAUUUUAACAAGAGAUGGCUAUUUUCACAUUGCGGAAAAUAGAAAAUUUAAAAAUUUAAUGGAACUCAUAGAAUACUACAAGCACCACUCUCUCAAAGAAGGUUUUCGAAGUCUAGAUACUACUCUCCAAUUUCCAUACAAAGAAUCUGAAAACACAGUGGGACAAAGGAGUAACAGAACAGGUGGCAACUUGCUAAGCCCAAAGGUAAUAGGCAUUGCCAUAGCCAGGUAUGACUUCUGCGCAAGAGACAUGAGAGAACUGUCCUUACUGAAAGGGGACGUCGUAAAAAUUUAUACGAAGAUGAGCGCAAAUGGCUGGUGGCGAGGCGAAGUAAAUGGAAGGGUGGGCUGGUUUCCAUCAACUUAUGUUGAAGAGGAUGAAUGAAUUAAGAACUUUCUUCUACUGAGCAUCAAUUUCAGGGAUUGUAGAAUUUAAUAUCUGCUAAGUAUUAUUGGUCCUAUUAACUAUUCAAACAGCAGCAUUUUUGUCUGUCUGAAUCUUCCAGUCUUAAUGUUGGGAUUUCUGCUGAAGUUUGUGCUCGCAGUUUAUUACCUUGCCCAGAGCUGUGCAAGAAACAACCUGCCAGUUUGUCAUCACUGGGGUUCGGUACAAAGUCCAGCCCUCGCCUUCCCAGAUCUCUGGAAAAUGAAUUCCUUUCUGCUCCUUUUCAUUUCACAUUGUUAGUACACCGUGGAUACUAGCUAUUGCUGAAUGUUUAAUAAACCUCUUUCUUGCAGCUAACAUCUGUGAUGAUACAAGGAGAUGAAGGCUUAUUCCUCCUUAUCACUGCAUGCAGAAAGCAGUUCAGUCGUUCCAGUGUGCAUAACGUGUAGUCAGUAGACUUGUCUUGAAACAUCAAACUACCUUACUUAUCACCUUACAAACACUUCCACGCUCACAAAAGCAUUCUGAAGGAAAUGUAAAU